GCGAUUCGAGGUCUGCGGCUUCUCUGGCAGGAAGGGGUUUCCCUUCUGAGGAUUGACAGUCGAGGAGGCUCACGGGAGAUGCAGGCCGUACUGCGGGGGGCGGAGCCCAACGCUGAGAGGCUGGGAGGGAGCCGGGUCCCGAGCACCUAAAUUGGCUUUUUAGUCCUCCGGGUUUGCAGGAGGCUAGCUGUUGGCCUGUCAAGAUUUAAACGUGGUGCUAAUCCACUUCAGCAGAGCGUCAGAAGAGAGUCGAGCUCACUUUCAGGUCCUGAGAUCACAGGUGUACACCACAAUGCCAGAUUUAGGUGAUACUGGGGAUCAAACCCAGGAUCUCAUGCUUGUAACACUUGGAGCUGCAGAUGGAUACAUUCCUUCCACCCCACGUCGCUUGUCCUCUUAGCCCAAGCCAUGCUGGGACAUAACUGGAAAAGAUCAGGAUGUAGCUUGCAGCUACUGCUCCUGUGCCAUGCUACUUGCCAUGAUGAUGAUGGACUAAUCCUUUGAAACUGAUCUCAUUUUGCCCAAUGGUGGUACUCCAGCAGGCACUUCGAGCCCAGCUUCUUCAUCUUCCCUUCUGAACAGACUCCAGCUUGAUGAUGACAUGGAUGGUGAAACCAGAGAUCUCUUUGUCACAGUUGAUGAUCCCAAGAAGCACGUCUGUACAAUGGAGACCUACAUCACAUACAGGAUCACCACUAAAAGCACUCGGGUGGAGUUUGACUUACCAGAAUAUUCUGUUCGCAGAAGAUACCAGGAUUUCGACUGGUUGAGGAACAAACUGGAAGAAUCGCAGCCCACUCAUCUCAUUCCCCCGCUUCCUGAGAAGUUUGUGGUGAAAGGUGUCGUGGAUCGUUUUUCAGAAGAGUUUGUGGAGACCAGAAGAAAAGCUUUGGAUAAAUUUCUAAAAAGGAUUACAGAUCACCCCGUGCUCUCUUUCAACGAACACGUCAACGUGUUCCUCACUGCUAAGGACCUGAAUGCCUACAAGAAGCAGGGGAUAGCACUGCUGACCAGGGUGGGUGAGUCCGUCAAGCAUGUCACGGGAGGCUAUAAGCUGAGGAGUCGGCCCCUGGAGUUUGCAGCCAUCGGCGACUACUUAGACACGUUUGCACUCAAACUGGGAACCAUCGAUCGGAUAGCCCAGCGGAUCAUCAAAGAAGAAAUAGAGUACCUCGUCGAGCUGAGGGAAUAUGGGCCUGUGUAUUCCACGUGGAGCGCCUUGGAGGGCGAGCUGGCGGAGCCCCUGGAAGGUGUUUCGGCCUGCAUUGGGAACUGCUCCACAGCCUUGGAAGAGCUGACCGAUGACAUAACAGAGGAGUUCCUGCCCGUGCUCAGGGAAUACAUUCUAUACUCUGACUCCAUGAAGAGUGUGCUGAAGAAGAGGGACCAAGUUCAAGCAGAGUAUGAAGCCAAAUUGGAAGCUGUGGCUCUGAGAAAGGAAGAUCGCCCCAAGGUGCCAGCAGAUGUGGAGAAGUGCCAGGACAGGAUGGAGUGCUUCAACGCUGACCUGAAGGCUGACAUGGAGAGGUGGCAGGGCAGCAAGCGGCAUGACUUCCGGCAGCUGCUCGUGGGCUUGGCGGACAAGAACAUCCAGUAUUAUGAGAAGUGCCUCAUGGCGUGGGAGUCGAUUAUUCCACUACUGCAAGAGAAACAGGAGACCAAGUAGCUGUGUUCCCGGCGGCACUGAGACUCUUCUGCCUCCACAGGGCACGGCACCCUGAACCAGAAUGUCCCUGCAGAACCGAGAGGUGGUCAUGGGAAAACAGCAGAGCAGCGCCUCUCCUUUGUGAACCCCCCGCCCCUCCCCCCACCGUUGUUUUCAGUUUCCUGUCUAUUCCUUGGUGGAGCCCAUGGGGCAGUAAUCAUCUCUCAACAGAAGCAUACCUCCGUGUUGUGAAGGAACCUCCUAAAUGGAACACUACGAAGACUUGAAACUGAGGGACAGGACAGCCCCCAGAUGACGUGACGGCACUUUGGGGGCAGCCCAAUUGCUGUUGUGGGACAGAGUCAGGGACACGGGACACGAAGAAGGCAGCUGUGGCUUGCUGUGGAGACCCUGUGGCUCCGCACUUUACCCCCGGGGGCAUUGACGUGUCCCAGCGUGGGAGGUAUAGGUACCUUCUUGGAAAGUCCUUAAUUUACGGUGGCCUGUGGCUGUGACUGUGGCCUCCUGCCUGCUCAUCGUGAGUGGCAUCCCUUGGCUUGUUUCUGGUUCACAUGGGUCCGUUUAAGUCAGUGUCUGUGUGCAUCCGUGCUUGAGUGAGCAGGCCAGCGUCCUUGUCCGUGUUUGACGCCUCAGGAAGCUGAAGGGAAUGCUCCCGGAUCUUGUUUCUGGCACCAGAAUGCUAUAGAUGAGAAGCUUUUUGGUGUGAAUUGGAAAAAAAGGUGCAUUUUUUUUUUUUCUCCGUGAAGGUGUUAGUGUGUUUGUCUUGCUUGUUCGUCACCGUGGUUGGGAUUAGACCUGUUAGGAAACCGCUGCUGUCUUGUGGUCAGCGACUCUCCCCGUGUACCAGGCCUCAGCUCCAAUGUCUGCUUUGUGCAAUUUGCCUUUACCUCACCAAAAAUGUCUGGUUUCAUACUUCCUGUCCUGCCCACUGAACAUCUGGGCAACCUCGCAGUGAGGGCUGGUGUGUGGCAUUGUUAGGACUGCCACAAUUUGUAAAUUCAGUGUGAAUGUUCUAUAUGAGUGUUUUAACCCCCCAAAUUCUGUGAUCAGGAAGGAAUCUGCAGCCCCCCCCCCCCAGAUGUGAGGAGUGACAGCAGGCUCCUUGCUUCUGGUUCUGUGGAAAUCUCCAUUUGCAGCCAAAAUCUGGGACCUGCUGGCUGUGCUCAAAGUCUGCAUUUGAAACUUUUCAGUUUGCCAUUAAAAAAAAAAAAAAACAACAGUUAGAAGGAUCUCUUUCAGAUCAUUUUCUUGCUGAAAGAAGCUGCAUAGUAUGUUCUUUCUUCUGUGGCUCUUUGCUAAAAACCCAUAAAUCCUAGCCGCCAGUAAAUGGGAAGGGGUUUUGUUUAUUUUUAAAAUGAAGCAGUCGAGUUAGUGCUUCAUAUACAAGUUAAUUUGCAAAUUCCAAUCCACACACACACACACAGCAUGCUGAAAUCCUGUCAUUCCUGCUAACAGAGUUGGACCUCCACUGAGCUGCCUCUGGGACAUCGUGGACAGCAGCUAGACAGCAUGAAACUAUUUGUCUUUUCCCGGAACUUGACCAAUGUGUGAUGGAAAUAAUAAUUCCUGAAACUAUUGGUACUUGCCUAAACCCCAUCCAUCUAUGCCAUCCUAAAAUCCUUUGAUGUGAAUUUUGUUUGGUACAAAUAGAAAUGACCCACUGAAGCAGAAGGGUAAGAACAGUCUGUACACCCCCAACUUCAGUGGCUCGGCAUCUCAUUCUACCUCUAAACCAUCGGGUUGGCGUGGGUGUGAAUGCCCAGAGCCAACCCAAGCAUGCUGGUAGAGUCAGGGCAUGUAUUCAGUCACCAACAGGCCUCCAUUGAUGGAUGGCAGCAGACACCAGACUGGCCCAGCAGCGAUGUGCAGCUUUGGGAAACAUGAAACUUCGCUUUGUGGACCUUGUGCUUGAUAAGUGUCCAGUGUCAUGAUGCUUGGAAAGAAUUAAGGAGAAGCCAAAAUCUGAUGACCAGCUGCUUGCUGAAACCCCAAGUCAAUCCUGUGUGCCGGUUAGCUAAGAAAGAAGGGAGCCCUGUGGAAACAGCCCUGGGCUGCACAGGGAAAUGUAGGGAGGGAUGCAGGGUCCACAGUCAUUCCCUCAUGAGAGGCUGCCUUUCACAGCAUCUUGAAAUUUUUGUCUUUUUCUGUUUAUUUGGCCAGCAAGCAAUGUUCCUUGGCUUUGAGAUUCCAGAAAGAUCUGGAAUGAUGGAGACCUUCUGUCCCCUAGGAACGAUGUCAGUGGCCGAGCCAGGAACCCCAUGCACAAGAAGGUACUCUUGUCUGUCUUCAGGUAGCAUCUGGCGAGCUGAGGAGGCUGGUCCUGAAGGAGAGGGGCAGCGGCCCGUGAAGGAGGCCUCCUGCCUUCCCUACUCCUGUGGCUCCCUCAGUCCCCGGAAGCUCAGCAGUCAUAAGCAUUGCCUUCCUCUUGGCCAAGCACAAAAGAGAUUCCCCCACACAAACUAUAGCUCAGAGAUCACAGUGCCAAAAUGCCUCAGAGGCUCCAUUAGUUCCUUCUGGAGUCUCCAAAGCCUCUGCCUUGAAGUCACAGACCCCUCUUGUUUAUUUUCCAUGAGACUUUGCCUUGAGGGUAGAGUGUACCGUACCUCAGGCAGAGGGAUAUAGAUAGCUUUUAGGGCUUGAACGCAUGACAGAGAAAUGAAAGUUGGCUCUAGUAACUGUCCAGGUCCUGAGAUAUGGAGGGUUUGUUCACUGGGUUAGAAAUCUGCCAAGGCGAAAGAGAAUUUGAGAGAGGUGAACGUUUAGGAGACUGCUGUAGUUUGUAGCAGGAAAGGUUAAUACUAAUGCUGCCAAUUUGCAAGAAGAAUCUGGGCUGCUCUGCCCAAAGCAAGGAGGCUUUGCUCUGGAGUAAGGAGGGAGCCACUCCAGCCUGUGUGGGCUUGGCUUUUAGCCUCUCCUAAGGCUCAGUAAUGAGUGCUGGGGAAUGGAGAAUAGGCUUAGGGAGGAACCAGGCUUGGUGCGCACCAAGCUAUCCUGAACUCACCAGGCAUUUCCCCGCAGCCCAAGUAAGAAAAACCCACCAUAUCUGGGGAGAGAAGUGGAAUGUAAGUCUCCUUUUCUGCCAAACGUGAGCCCAUGGAAUGCGUUCUUCCUACUCAACGGGAGGAAACUGUCCAUGCACACUGCAGCCUCUGGAGAGGCCAGUGAAGUUCUGGUUUAGAUUUGAGUGUGGCGCCAAGGUUUCUCCUUGAGGACAACACUCAGACUCCCUGACUUGGUCCUGUCCUGUGGAACUGAAGGCCUAGGUAGCUGCCUCUGUUUCAGUGAGGUCAUUUGAAUCAUGGAAACGUCAUUACACUACGCUAUCCUGAGCUGGUUGGGAUGGGUAGAGCAAGGCCAAGGACUACCUUAGAUGCUGCAUUGGCCCUACUGGUCUGGGUCUUGGAGUGGACUGGAACUGGGAUCCUUUCUGGCUAGGUGGAACUGGUGACCCUGAAGAGUGAUUCUUCCAGGGGAUCAGCUCCUGGGGCUGGGGCUGGGGCACCCCCUUCUCACUUCUGGAACUCCACCUUCUCACAAAGGGAGUUUGGAAAUCAGUUAAGCUAAGCAUAGGGCACAGCUAGGGGACUUUGGUCGUCUUCAUUUACAAGAUUAUGUUGGAAUUUGGGGUUGCCUUCUCACUCUCAAAAGACUUCAGGAUGGCAACCGAUGGGCUGUGCCUUCUCAUCACCUGCGGUUGUCUCUGCUCAGGUAGAAGGUGGCACUUAGCAGUAUAGUUGAAAGUGACCUCUUCUUGGCCAAAGAGAGAUGCUGUAGGUGUGUUGGGCCUGCUCCCUCCCUCCCUGUUUAUAAUUUAGUGAAUAAUGAGAGAUUCUGUUUCUUCUACCAACCCACUCUAGGUUUGAAGGUGUCUCUGUGGCUACACACAUCGGAGGACAGGGACUCUUUGUCUGAGGAGGCUGGGGUGGGGACUGACCAUUCUCUCUUGAUUAUAUCUGUUUGAAAUAUUCCUGGGUGUGGCUGACUGUCCAACCCUUUAUUCGUGGCAAAACCAAAACCACAUUACUAGUUUUUAACUACUGUAGUUUCUAAGUAAGUGCUGUGGGGUGGGGGGAACCUCUAAAGAGACCAGUAAGAUGUGUAUCUCUUCUUAUCUGUUCUCAGCACUUGAAAACCAACACAUCCAGAAAAAGCCGGACUGUUAAAAGCAUAACUAGUUCUUAGAAACUUGUCAGUACCCACUCAUUGCCUUACUCCUCAGCUGGUGUUUUAAAAAGUCUGCAUAGAACGUUUUACACGUGGAAGCAGGUGGUCUAGAAACUUAACACAGGCCAUGUUCAGUCCUCUGAAAGUCACAAGCCAGAAGUGAGGGUCACAGAAGGAAGGUGGCCUUUUGGGAGGCGAGACUAAAUAUUGCUGUUGCCAAAUGAUACUUGAAAUAAUGUCGAGAAACAGGGACCACGGCACUGUUUGCUGUUUCCGAGUGGGACAGAUGAACUUCGUAUGCUUUGGCAUGGUGUGGGCUGUGGAGGAUACAGACAUUCUCAGCAGUGACGAAUCCCACAGCUUCAGAGAAUCCUCUAGAUUGGGCCGGCAUGGAAGGUUUACCCUUGCCUCUGCAGAACGGGCCCUAGAGCACGUUGGGAUAGAAACUCUCCAAAGGUUGAAAUGCCAAAUAACACAAACCUGUUCUGUGGACUCACUUAGUAUUAAAGCCAGUGGUGACGAGUUGAUAUGCGCCUCUCCCAGAAGUACCGCCCAAGUAUCGGGUGAUUCUGGGCUCUCCACAGCCCAGGCCAGAGCAGCCAACACCUGGGCACACUGCUGUUGGACAGGCUGGUUCACAGCCUUAGACUGAUGCUCUGCCAGGAACAGUGCUGGAGGGCAGGAGGAGGAGGAGGGAUUUUUUUUUUUCCUAGACUGCAAAGCAACAUGUGGAUUGGUGUAACAAAGGGAUGGCUGUGUCAGCUGGGCCUUCAUCCGGGAACAAACCAGCAUCUUUACCAGUCAGCACUGUCCACCUAGACCGUGCCUGCCGAGGGUUGGACCUCUCCUCAGAGUCCCGCUCACUGUGUGUGUGUGCGCCUGUUCCUUUCAUGCCUGGCCAGGAAUGCAUGGAGAGACAGCCUCUAUCUGACAGACUCCCACAAAACAAACUGCCAGCAAACUUUCUAACUCACAUUUUAACUGGUCAAUGGGGGGAUUAAAAUAAAAUUUUGGACUGUUUUUUUUUUUUUUAAUUUUUAGAAAUUGUUCUUUGUGUUUAAAACUUACCGAGAAAGAAGCAGGCUUCUGAGGUAUGGAGUCUCGCUGUGUGCUCUCUCUCUCCAUGCUGCCAUUAAGCCAAAACAAAAGCUGUGAACAUAAGUGCUUGAGAGAAUGCGUGUUGAUAAGAAAGUGAUUUAUUUACAGAUCCAAGUCUUUGUCUCAUGAAACUACCAAAAAAGAAUGUCACCCUUUUCUUUGUUAUGGAACCAGAGAUUAUAAAAAAAGAAGAAAAAAAGUUGUUUUGUUGUAUUUUUGAUGCUGGCCCGAGGUUCUUGUUCACUUUGGUUUUUCGUAUAUCUGUGUGUAAGAAAUUCUGUUUCUUGUUUACUAUGGAAUUAGUAUUACAUUUUGAGGUAAACAAAGAAUUUGUAUUGCUUGAUAAACUAUUAGCUUGUAAAUUAAAGUAAAAUUCUUUACCUCAAUUAACUUAAAGUAAUGGACCAAUAAACCUAUAAAAGAUGCUUUAUUUA